AUGUCUGACGCCCUGGUCCCCGAGACGAGAGUGUUGGCCGUCGCAAGCCAUGUGGCCUAUGGCCAUGUGGGCAAUACGAUGGCGGGGUUCGUCAUGCAGUCAUUAGGAUGCGAAGUCGCUGCAUUGAACACGGUCAAUUUCAGUAAUCAUACUGGCUAUCGCCAAUUCAAGGGUACUCGUGCGACUGCGCAGGAGAUCACGGAUCUUUACGAGGGCCUCUGUCAGAGUAAUCUCACCGACUUUGAUGUCAUGCUGUCUGGGUACGCUCCAAGUGCAGCGGCCGUAGAGGCAGUAGGUGCUAUCGGUAUUGACUUACAGAAAAAGGCCGAGGCGAAACCGGGCUCUUUCUUCUGGGUACUCGACCCUGUGAUGGGUGAUCAGGCCCGUUUAUACGUCAAUGACGACGUCGUUCCCGCGUACAAGAAGAUCAUCCACCAUGCCGAUUUGAUUCUUCCAAAUCAGUUUGAAGCCGAAGUCCUCUCCGGCAUUCAAAUCACAUCGCUUGCCACGUUGGCCGAUGCCAUCACUGCCAUCCAUCGCAUUUACUCAGUGCCGCAUGUGAUCAUCACAUCCGUGCAACUAUCUGGGUUUGCUGCCUCGGGGUCUUCACCGAACUCACCAGACAAGUUUUUGACCAUCAUUGGAUCAACCACCCGAUCCGAUGGCUCACCGCGUCUGUUUCAAGUCGAUGUUCCCGCUUUGGACUGUUUCUUCAGUGGGACGGGCGACAUGUUUGCCGCGCUGACUGUGGCUCGACUUCGCGAGGCAGUCGUUGCAGCGGGCGGUGAUCUCCUGCAGACUCGCUCCUGGGUGUCGCCUGACGAUGUGCCAGCCAAUGAGCUUCCCUUGGCUCAGUCGACGAUCAAAGUCCUCUCGAGUAUGCACAGCGUCCUUGAGCGGACCAUGGAGGCACGAGACAUCGAGUUGGCAAAGGAGGUUCCUGCCCUGAAUGGAGCGACAAGUCCAGAGGAGCAGCAGAAGCGCGAGCAUCUGCGCCGGACAAAGGCUGCCGAGGUGCGGCUGGUCCGUAACACGAGAUUGUUGAGAGAGCCUCUCACUCUAUUCGAAGUGCAAACACUACGUAAAGAAGACAUUACCACAGAUAAACAAUAG